CUCGUCUCUGCACUUUCCACUCAAAGAGCCAAAUACCGCCCUUCUCUCUCCUAUCGCCUCAACCGAAAAACCGAAAACAAUACCCAUAACCUCAGGAACUCACUAGCACAAGUUGCCGGAUUCUACGGUCAUUCCGGCAAUGAGCAAGAAGAAGUCAUCCUCUCGCGGGGGCAGUAGUUCGUCUUCCCGCCGCGGUGGCGCUGCCUCUGCUCGGGGGGGUAAAGGCGCUGGUGGUCGGAAUGGGAGUAAUGAUUCUGCUCGGAAUAACAAAGUUAGCCCUGGGCCAUCUUCCAAAACUCCUUAUGUUCCCGCAGUGUCCCCGCUUUCAUACACAUCUGAGGGGCCCGAUCUGUCCGAGGUGUCUGACCCUUCUAUGGUGGUCCUAUUGAAGCUCCUGUCGAAGAAGGACGAAACUACGAAAUCGAAAGCCUUAGAGGAUCUACAAGUGAAAAUUGCGGGCUUGGAGGACGUGGAGGAUAUAGUUCUCGCGGCUUGGAUUCGAUUAUAUCCCAGAUUAUCAGCGGAUAUCUCGGUAGGCGUACGUCGGCUAGCCCACACCGUCCACGGAAUUAUUUCGCAGAAGAGUGGAAAGAGGGUUGCUAGACACAUGUCAGAGGUCGUAGGACCCUGGCUGGCUGGGCUGUACGAUAGCGACCGAGGUUCUGCGAGGGCGGCGGGGGAGUCGCUGAACGCGGUAUUCGGUACACAGGAGAAGAUACGGAAUGUCUGGGCGGCAUACCAACCAGAUAUUUUGGACUAUUGCUCUAACGUUCUUAAGAAUGAGACUGUGGGUUCAUUGAGUGAUGAGAGACAGGUUUCUUCCGACGAGGCGGAGUCUAAGUUUGCGAGAGUUAUAGCUACUUGUGUUCACACGGUUGCGCACCUUAUCUGUCAAUUGCCGCCGGAAGAGAUCGAAAAGCAGUCUGGGAAAUAUGAGGACCUUCUUGAGAUGGCUCACCUCUGGGAGUUUGGGGGCUAUGACGAUCCGUAUCUCCGGAGGUCCAUCUAUAGACUACUCAGGACGUGUUUGGUAAACCAAGAGGGCUUUAUUUUAUUAAGUUUGGAGGUGGUGGCCAACGCCCUGAUGGUAAAGGCAUUAAUGUCGCCUCAGACUGGUUCUGUCACAGAGCUAUUAGAUGCGAUCCUAGACCUGACUUCGCACACGUACAAAGCCUGGAUAUCGGUGACACCUCCCCGGCAAAAAGCAUCGCUUUCUCUUGUGGUAGAGUUCAUAAAAUGUGGGAGCCAGGGCGGGUCACCGGAGUAUUGGCAUAAGGUUUCAAAAAUGAUUACGUUGAUGCCUCGAGAAAUUCUCCCGAAAGAUGUCGAAGGGGUCACUGAACUCAUAACGGGUGUUCUGGAUGGGAUAUGGAGUGGGCCCGAGCCGAGGUCACACAUAACUGCCGCCUGGGGUGCAUACUUCCGGGUUUGCUAUCAUAUGAUGGCGACAGGAGAAGUUGAUACUCAGGAUGAAGUUACUGCCUAUCUCCUGAGAGACGCACUAUAUCCUGUUUUUGAAGGGUUUUUACUGAAAAAUGUCGAGAAUGCACAGUUCAAAUUGCCGUAUUUUGGAGCUGAAAUAUGUGCUACUGGGAUUGCUAUGGCAGGGGCGAUGGCGGAUGCUCAAAUCGCUAAUCUUGUCGUGAAAGAAAUUUGGGAGAAGCUCGAGAGAUCUAUAGCGGGUAAUAUUAGUUCUGAUACCGAUCAGAGAGCAGACUCUCCAGAUAACCGUGUAAAUCGCUGGCAUGGGUGGGUUGACUUCUCGGCAGAGAUUCUUCAGAGGGAUAGUAAUUGUGUGGUUGAUCUUGUGAAAGAGAGCAUUGUUAAGAUAUUUCUUUUGAGUCUGGAUCGCGUCAUCAAGGAAAAAGGAGAAAAUGUCGAAAUUACUUCAUUGUUGGAAUCUUUACUCAUGCGAUGUCCGAAGCUUCUAAAGAUUGAGGAAGUGAAAAAGUCUGUCGCAUCAUUUUUCGCAGAUCAUGCCCCGGAAUUCAUGUCAUCACCCUCAUGGAGGCAAGUGUUGUCUGGGCUUAUAGCUUGCGCUAAGAAAGCCGCUGGAGAAGAAUCAUUUCAGAGAGCCUGGGACAAGAACAUUAGCGCACUAUUGAUUUCAUCCUUAGCGAGGGAAAGAAAGGAGACCGCAGUAUUUCAGCUUCUGAAGUCGACUCCUACAUUGCUCCAAGGGAAACUGCCAUUUGUCCAAGAAUUGGACACUUAUGUGGUGAAUAAAAUGCGGGAGAGCAUUAACACGGACAACACUAUAGGCUGGGGAAUAAUGAGGGCGGCCAUGGCUUCCUCAGGAACAGUCAUUUCCGAGGCGACGAUCUCGACAAUGUUUCUGGAGCUGUUAAAUAAUCUCUCCCCUGAGGAAGAAGAUCGCACUAUGAGGGUUCUCAAGCAGCUCAGAUUAGUGCCAAAAGAAGCCUUGGCAGAGUUUGCGCGCUCGGAGAAUGGUGUUGGGUUCUUAUCUACGUUGCUCGUCCUGACAGGGUCUCCUUCGGAUGAGAUUGCGAUUGCCGCAGGAAGACUAAAUAAGAUCCUCGAGAAGGAACUAUCUAAUAGCUCGGGGGUUCUUGUUAGUUCUUUGUUAGAUGUCCUGUUAGAAAGUGUUCUCGAACCGAAGGACUCUGAUCCUGGUCUUAACUUUCUGGCUGAGAGGGCGCACGAUUUGGUCCAUCGGGUUCCGGAAGAUGAGCAGGUAGCGCUUAUCGAGAAAGUUCUUUUUAAUGAGGAUCAAUGGAGGUCUAGUUUGAGCCCGUUCUUGAAGAAAGCUCCAAAGCUGUCAUUAGCUAUCUCUAAUCCCAUAGGUGGCGCCAUCUUUCUGGUUAAGGAUUCCCAAGAUGACGCUAGUUCGGGUGAGAUAGCUCGCGAUCCGGACGGUCUGUCUAGAGUUCUGCGGAUGGCUGUAUUUAUUAUCGAGUUUCUCAAAACCGUGGGAGCCCAUGAAAGGAAGGAUGAAAAAGCUGCGCAUAUUUUGAGAGGCAUUACCGAUGAUUCGAGAGUAACCCUUCUGAAGUAUCUUAUGCUGGUUUCAGUACUAGCAAACGACAGCGUUACUAUUAGGGAAUCAAACCAUUUAUGGAAUCAGCAUUCUUCGGGAAUGGAAGCCGAGAUGCUGGAGUUUGUUUUUGAGUCUCAGCGCUUUUUCAUUGAAUCUUUGAAGCAUGAGCCAGAACCUGAGGCCGGAGGAGCAGAUAGGAUUCCUGGAUAUAUCUUUAAAUUACUGGAUUGCCUUAUGUGCAUGUCAAAGCAGGAGACCCCAGAAGGAUUCUAUUCCGCCAGGAUAUUAGAAACAAUGAUUUCCACCCUUUCCCAAGAUGGCAAGAUCUCCUCGGCGCAAUCUCAGAGCUGGCUAAAGUCAAUUGACAUCAGAAAAGGCCAAGGGAUUUAUUGCAGCACAGCUAUACUAACAGGGCUUAGCGAGUUGCUGGAGCACACUAAGGAGGCGGAGAAAUUAAGAAAUGGGUUAGCGAGUGAUAUUCCGGGCAUACCAGCCUCCGAAGCUAGAGAAGCGGGUCUACGAAAAAUCGUUUUACUAAACGCAGCGUUACCUAAGCCCGGACAGGACACACCAGCAUUACCGCAGCAGCGGGCAAUAUUCCUUAUCAAGCAUCUUCUUAGUUGGUUCGAAGAUGAGGCGUUCGCGGUGAAUCCUAGCUAUCCGGUUAUUGCGGAGGCUUCGAAGGCUAUUACUACGGUCCUGCCGGUUGUCAAGAAGCUUUACGGAGAGCAUUGGGAAUUGAUUUGCGAACAUGUGGCUAAUUGCUGGGCGAUGUGCACCGGUGCUGAAGAGACAGAUCUGCCAGUUAUUUUUACAUCGCUGAAGUUGUUCCAAGCGUUAAAGUCACUGCACAAGGAAAAUGAUGACUUUAAGGAUGCGUGGGAUGGGCAGGCUGAUGCAAUACAUGCCUCUUUGAUGGGGCUGCUUCGUAGUUCCAGAAUUGGUGAUGAACACGACCAACCUCGUAAUCUUUGUAACGCCCUCUUAGCCCGCCUUACCAAAGGGAUAGAUCUGAGGUAUAUUGGUAGCCCAGAGGAGACUUAUUCACUUCUAAAUGUCCCUUCACGCUCAAUACAAGAAGCAGCGUUCGAAAUUCUCCAUCGGCACAUCCCUUCAGUACAAGAAGAGGUGUCAGUAGAGGCGGCUUUAUCAAAAGAAGAGAACUUUGAACUCUCACUUCCUCAGGAAUUACUAUCGUUGGUUAUGGAACCCCCAACAGGUGACGGGGCACUGGAACUAGAUAGCGAAUGUGGAAUGUCUUGGAGUCUCCGUGGCUACCUUCUAACUUGGAUCCUAAUCUUCGAUCAUUUUGAAAACUCCUCCUUCAAAGUCCGAACAGCCUACGCUGAAGCCUUAAAAGACGCUGAUUUCCUGGAUCCCCUCUUUAACUACACCUUCGACAUCCUCGGGCACUCCGGCGGCAAGCCGAUCGACGCCUCCAAGCUCCCAUUCGAGACAUACACUCUCGACUCCUCACUGGAAAACAGCACAAACUCCACUUGGGAAGCCCACCGGCUACUGACACACAUCUACUACCGAGCCCUCCGUCACACCCCAUUCCUCGUCAAGCGCUGGUGGACAGAAUGCAAAUCCCGCAAAAAGGUGUUUGCGGUAGAGGUGUUUACGGAGAAGCACAUGUCGCCGCUGCUAAUCGAGCGGGAGCUCUCCUCCGUUCAAGCUUGGAUCCAAUCCCACCCCGGGGGAAGCGAAGAUGACGAAAUGGCCGUCAAGAUCCUCAAAGCCCAGACAAUCGAGGUGACAGCAACAUACCCCAUCGACGACCAGUCCAUGGAGAUGCGCGUGCGCAUCCCGCCAACCUUCCCACUGCGCCAGGUGGAGGUGGAAGGCGUGCGGCGCGUCGGCUUGACGGAGAAGGACUUCCGCAAGAUGCAGCUGGCCUCGCAGACCGUCAUCAACUUCCAGUCCGCCUCCAUCAUCGACGGUCUCGCCCUCUUCCGCAAGAACCUGGCCCUGCACUUCGAGGGUGUGGCCGAGUGCGCCAUCUGCUACUCCAUUGUGGCCGUCACCCCCGAUCGCAGGCUCCCCAACAAGGCGUGCGCCACAUGCCGGAAUAAGUUCCAUGGGACGUGCUUGUUCAAAUGGUUCAAGAGUAGUAAUUCUGCGUCUUGCCCUUUGUGUCGGACGGCGUUCUCAAUGUAUUCUUGAAGGGUUCGAUUGAUCGAGCUUCUUACUUACUUUUUUGUUUUACGUUGGGAUGUGGGAGGCUAUGAUGGCGAUGCUGGACUAUCUUCCCAUGUUGUGCUACACCUUCAUCGUGCAGCUAAAAAAAGUUUAGUUUUUCUCAAAUUACUUUCUUUUUCUUGUG